GUUUGUUUUAGUGAAAUGUAAAAUUUAAAAUCGAAAUUUACGUGAUAACAUACUUUCUCAGAACUCGAAGAGAAUGGAUUAAGUUCAUUCUAGCAAAGAAAUUCAACCAAAAGAAUUUGAAUGUCAUAUUUAUGCUUAGAAAUUAGAAUGUUAAAACUUCAAACAACUAUGAACAAAUGUCUUUGGAUUAGUGGAAUGAGAAUGAAUGUUUGGAUACGGUUGCGUGUUAGGUGAUUGUUUUAGUGAAAUUUUCUAAUCAAAUUAGCAUCCGAUUUGAAUUUAGGAUUUCCUAUUCCAUUUGACAAUUCAAAUUGAGAUUAUAUACAAUCCCUUUGUUUGUAAUAAAUAAUCCUAAAAAUGUGUUUUUAAUCUUUCUUUAUUGGAUUUAUUUCAAUUUGAAUAAGCCUCUCAGUUUCUUUUCCAUAUACCAAGUUACACCAUUUGACAUUUUAACUAGAGAAAAAUACAAUUUGCGUCCCUGUAGUAUGUCCCAAACAUCAACUUGAGCCCCUAAAUUAAAUUUUUUGUUUUUUGAGCCCCUGACUUUAUAAAUUCAUAACAGUAUGAGUCCUUCUGUCAAGCUGCCGUUUGUUUGACUGUUUGAGCUAGGGGUAAGACCGUCUUUUUGCUUUAUUUCCCUUCUAAAAACCCCAAAAAUCACUAUUAAGCCCUAAUUUAUUCCCGCCAAAACACAUAGACGGUUGAUUGUGCAAGAGAGAAAUCCAAAGCGAUGGUCUUUACAUGGCGACUUCGUCCUCAAGGUGAAUACUACGAUCCUGAAGAUAUAUAUGGGGAUGAACCCAGACUAUUUUCUCUAAAGAUUAACCAUGGAGGUGAGUUUACUGAUUAUCCAGGAAGGGAGUAUGUCAACGGUAAGGUUAGUUACAUUGACUGGGUUGAGUUUGAAAAGUUAAGUGUUGAUGUUCUUCGUGAAAUGCUGAAAGAUAUAGGUUACUCUGUAGAUGAUGUGUUCAAUUAUUUUGUUAAAGAUCCUAAUGUGUGUUUGGAUUUUGGUCUUAGACACUUUACUGAUGAUGAUGAGUUAGAUUAUGUGUAUGACCAACUUAGAAAAGGAUGCAAGUUAGUAGAUUUGUAUGUUGAAAUAGGAGAAUCUAGAAUCAAGGAUUCAACUGCAAUGAGCUUGGCUUUACUAGAUAAUGUGGGUGAAGAUAAUGUGGUUGAGGGUGAGUCAGAAAGUAGCGAGGCAGUUUCUGAGGGUGAGUCAGAAAGUAGUGAUAAAGAGAACAGUGAUGAAGAAGAUCCAGAUUACACAUUUGAUCAGGAACCAGAUAAUCCAGUGUUUGAUUAUGAAGUAGAUAUGAGUCAGUUCAGGGCAUGUGUUGACUUUGAUCCUGAUGAAGUCAAUGAGACAAUUAAGGAUGCUAGAAAUGAGAAUACUGAAGAAGAACUUAGGCAGGAAGAUAUAACUUGUGAUCAUGAGGAUUUUAGUGAUAAAGAUGAUAACUGUACACUGCUGGACAAGGUUGCCAAGAAGGUAAGGAAGAAGAGAAAAAUUACAGGUAAUGUUAGUGACUCAUACCUCCCAUUUUCAAUUGGUCAAUUAAUACCAGAUAAAAAACAAUUGAAUGACAUGGUUAAGACAUAUGAUGUUAAGAGUAGAAGGCAAAUUUAUAUAUUAAAAAAAUGAUAAGUUGAGGUUCAGAGUUAUUUGUCUUGGGACUAAUCCUACUUUGGGUUCUGGUGAGGGGCAGAAUAGUAAAUUUAGAGGGCUAGGGUUAAAACAAGAUAAAAGGCACUUGAAGCCCACUUGUCCUUAGGCGGUUCAGAUCUCCAGGAGAACUGAAAAGGAAUCUUGGUGUGUGAAAAUGUAACACCCCGUGUUUUCCAAAGUCAAAGUCAAA